GCCGGCAGGUUAUUCCGCUGCGAGCCAUGGCGAGCGACGGGCCUGCGAGUUCCUCCCGCGCUACCUCCCGGCCGCUGCACUCGGCGCAGGCGGAGGACGUGGCGACGGCUUCGAGCUUCCGAGCUUUCGAGCUGCUGCACUUGCACCUGGACCUGCACGUGGAGUUCGGGCCGCCGGGGCCCGGCGCCGGGAGCCGUUGCCUGCGCGGCCGGGCCGUGAUGGACCUGCGCUGCCUGAUGCCCCUGGGCUCCUCUGAGCUCCGGCUAGACUCGCACCCAUGCCUCGCGGUGACGGCCGCGGAGCUGCGGCGGUCGGGCGCCGAGGACCUGCCCUGGGAGCCGGUGCCCUUCCGCACGGAGCCCUUCGCGCGCUACGGCCAGGCCCUGUGCAUGGACUUCCCGCAGCCCUGCGCCGCCCGCGAGCGCGUCCAGCUGCAGCUGACCUACACCGUCGGGGAGGGACCCGGGGUUUGCUGGCUGACUCCCGAGCAGACGGCGGGAAAGAAGAAGCCCUUCGUGUACACGCAGGGUCAGGCUGUUCUGAACCGGGCCUUCUUCCCCUGCUUCGACACCCCGGCAAUGAAGUUCACAUACUCGGCUCAGGUCCAGGUCCCCGAGGGCUUCACCGCUGUGAUGAGUGCCGAUACCUGGGAGACGAAAGGGCCCGGCAAGUUCUUCUUCCAGAUGAGCCGGCCCAUCCCCUCCUACCUGAUAGCCUUGGCCGUCGGAGACCUGGUUUCGGCGGAAGUUGGGCCCAGGAGCCGCGUGUGGGCCGAGCCCUGCCUGAUCCAGGCUGCCAAGGACGAGUAUGACGGGGUGAUUGAAGAGUUUCUGGCAGCCGGAGAGAAGCUUUUCGGACCCUACGUGUGGGGACGGUAUGACGUGCUCUUCAUGCCACCGUCCUUCCCAUUUGGAGGGAUGGAGAACCCUUGUCUGACCUUUGUCACCCCCUGCCUGCUGGCGGGGGACCGCUCCUUGGCCGACGUCAUUAUCCACGAAAUCUCCCACAGCUGGUUUGGGAACCUGGUCACCAAUGCCAAUUGGAGCGAGUUCUGGCUGAACGAGGGCUUCACCAUGUAUGCCCAGAGGAGAAUCUCCACCACCCUCUUCGGGGCGGCGUACACCUGCUUGGAAGCGGCCACAGGGCGGGCUCUGCUCCGGCAGCACAUGGACGUCACAGGAGAGGAGCACCCACUCAACAAGCUCCGGGUGAAGAUCGAACCAGGUGUGGACCCAGACGACACCUACAACGAGACCCCCUAUGAGAAAGGCUUCUGCUUCGUCUCUUACUUGGCCCACCUGGUGGGGGACCAGGGCCGCUUUGAUGAUUUUCUCAAGGCCUACGUGGAUGAAUUCAAGUUCCAAAGUAUCCUUGCUGAUGACUUUCUGGAAUUCUACUUGGACUAUUUCCCGGAGCUGAAGAAAAAGAGAGUAGAUUUACUUCCAGGUUUCGAGUUUGACAGGUGGCUGAACAUCCCCGGCUGGCCCCCCUACCUCCCUGACCUCUCGGCCGGGGACUCUCUCAUGGGCCCGGCGGAGGAGCUGGCCCAGCUGUGGGUGGCCCCAGAGCCCAACAUGCAGGCCGUGGCGGCAGUGGACAUCUCAUCCUGGAGGACCUACCAGCUUGUCUACUUCCUGGAUAAGAUCCUGCAGGAGUCCCCGCUUCCUCCGGGGAACGUGCGGAAGCUGGCCGAGACCUACCCACAGAUCUCUGAGGCCCGCAACGCCGAGCUGCGGCUGCGAUGGGGCAAGAUAGUGCUCAAGAACGACCAUCAGGAGGACUUCGGGAAGGUGAAGGCGUUCCUGCAGAGCCAGGGGAAGCAGAAGUACACGCUGCCACUGUACCAUGCCAUGAUGCGCGGUAGUGCAGCCGCGCAGACCCUGGCCCACGAGAUCUUCGCUGCCACCUCUGCCCAGCUCCACAGCAACGUGGUCAACUACGUGCAGCAGAUCCUGGCGCCCAAGGGCAGCUAGACACCAGCGGGCACAGUACAGCUCGCUGCCAAGCCAUCCCUGGGCCCCCCGGGGGCUCCCCAGGACUGCUGCAGGCUAUGGGGGACCAUUCUUCUCCCCCCUGCCUCCCUCUGCCAGAACCUGGGAAGAACAGAGC